CGAAUAUUAGGAAAUACAAAGUCGAUCUUCGCACAUGCAUUUCUAACAAUUUCUCACCAGCGUUUGCGCAAAUUCCAGAGAACUCCUCCUCCCUAGAUUGCUAUACACUCCGAAUCAUUAUAGAACGUAUAUAAUCGGCUGAAAGAAGAUAAUCUGCCUGCUAUUUCCUCCCUAUCCCGGUCUGCGUCUGUCGGUAGAUCCUAACCUUGUCCGUCCUAUUCAUGCGAGCCCAACAUGGGUAUAAGUAGACGACCGAAGGACAAAUCUGGCGGGGCAUCCCGCGGUGGCGGCGCGGGGGCGCAUGAUGGAGGUGCUAGACCUAAGAAAGCCACAUUCGAAACGAGCAAGAAGAAGGAGAUAGGAGUUUCCGACCUGACCCUACUUAGCAAAGUAUCAAAUGAAGCAAUAAACGAAAACCUGAAGAAGCGAUUCGAGGGCCGCGAGAUCUAUACGUAUAUUGGCCAUGUCUUGGUUUCCGUUAACCCCUUUAGGGACCUCGGUAUCUACACCGACCAAGUCCUCGAAUCCUACAAGGGCAAGAACCGAUUAGAGAUGCCUCCCCAUGUCUUUGCGAUCGCCGAGUCGUCGUACUAUAACAUGAAGGCGUAUCAUGACAACCAAUGUGUCAUCAUCUCGGGAGAGUCAGGAGCUGGCAAGACCGAGGCCGCCAAGCGGAUCAUGCAAUAUAUCGCAAACGUAUCAGGCGGCGAGAGCGGAGAGAUCAAGCAGAUCAAAGACAUGGUGCUGGCAACCAACCCGCUUCUCGAGUCGUUUGGAAAUGCGAAGACGUUGAGGAACAACAACUCGUCUCGUUUUGGGAAGUAUUUGCAAAUACACUUCAAUACCAACGGGGAGCCCGUAGGAGCAGAUAUCACAAAUUAUCUACUGGAAAAGACGCGAGUAGUUGGUCAGAUCACCAAUGAGCGCAAUUUCCACAUCUUCUACCAGUUCGCCAAGGGGGCCUCUGAACAUUAUCGGUCCACCUUUGGCAUCCAGAAACCAGAAACAUAUGCCUACCUUAGUCGGUCAAAAUGUUUCAAUGUUGAUGGUAUAGACGAUCUAGCCGACUUUCGGGAUACUCUAGAUGCCAUGAAGAUCAUCGGCCUCUCACAAGGUGAGCAGGACGAGGUAUUCCGCAUGCUAGCCGCCAUCUUGUGGACCGGAAACAUCCACUUCGUCGAGGGGGACGACGGAUAUGCUGCCGUGGCGGAUCAGUCCGUCGUGGACUUCCUCGCAUACUUGCUCGAGGUCCAGCCCGCUGAGCUUAUUAAAGGCAUCACUAUUCGAAUCCUAACUCCGAGAAGUGGCGAGGUAAUCGAGUCGCCGGCCAACGCAGCCCAGGCAAACGCGACCAAAGAUGCGCUUGCCAUGGCUAUCUAUUAUAACCUUUUUGAUUGGAUUGUUGGAAGAAUUAACCAAUCCCUGCGCGCACGGCAGGCAACGGCUAACAACAUCGGAAUUUUGGAUAUUUAUGGCUUCGAAAUCUUCGAAAAGAACAGCUUCGAGCAACUCUGUAUUAAUUACGUGAACGAGAAGCUCCAGCAGAUUUUCAUCCAGCUCACCCUUAAGGCCGAACAAGAAGAAUACGCGCGGGAACAAAUUCAAUGGACGCCCAUCAAGUAUUUUGAUAACAAGGUUGUGUGCGACCUCAUCGAACAAAUCAGGCCUCCUGGUAUAUUCUCUGCUUUGAAGGAUGCUACCAAGACAGCUCACGCCGACCCCGCUGCUUGCGAUCGUACCUUCAUGCAGAGUAUCAACGGCAUGUCGAACGCCCACCUCACUCCCCGCCAAGGAAGUUUCAUUAUCAAGCACUACGCCGGCGAUGUUAGUUACACCGUCGACGGAAUCACGGAUAAGAAUAAAGAUCAACUUCUAAAGGGUGUUCAAAAUUUGUUCCAGCAGAGUUCGAACCGAUUCAUCCACACCCUGUUCCCCCACUCGGUGGACCAAGAUAACCGCAAGCAACCUCCAACAGCAGGUGAUAGGAUCCGAACAUCUGCGAACGCCCUCGUAGAGACUCUCAUGAAGUGCCAGCCAUCGUAUAUCCGAACAAUUAAGCCCAACGAGAACAAAUCACCUACUGAGUAUAACGUACCCAACGUUCUGCAUCAGAUCAAGUAUCUUGGUCUGCAAGAGAACGUCAGGAUUCGACGUGCCGGUUUUGCCUACCGUCAAUCGUUCGAAAAGUUUGUCGAACGAUUCUUCUUACUGUCCCCUGCUACGUCCUAUGCAGGCGAAUAUACCUGGUCAGGGACCGAAGAAGCUGCGGUAAAACAGAUCUUGAAAGACACUAGUAUUCCCAAAGAAGAAUGGCAACUAGGUGUCACAAAAGCUUUUAUCAAAUCACCGGAAACGUUGUUUGCUCUGGAGACGAUGCGAGACCGAUACUGGCACAACAUGGCUACCCGUAUCCAACGAAUGUGGAGGGCGUACCUGGCUUACCGUGCCGAAUCUGCAACCCGAAUUCAAAGAUUCUGGCGGAAGAAGAGAACAGGUGCCGAAUAUCUGCAACUGCGAGACCAAGGCCAUAAGGUCCUUGGUGGGAGAAAAGAGCGUAGGCGAUUCAGUCUUUUGGGUUCUCGGCGUUUCUUAGGAGAUUAUCUGGGAAUCAACGCAUUGAAUGGGCCCGGGUCCCAAAUACGAAAUGCGGUACAAUUGUCGAGCAACGAAAAGGCCCUCUUCUCCUGCCGUGGUGAAAUCCUAGAAGCCAAGUUUGGUAGAUCAAGUAAACCGAGCCCUCGGACAAUUAUUGUGACUAACAGCAAGUUCUACGUUGUGGCACAAGCAUUAGUCAACCACCAAGUCCAGAUAAUAGUCGAACGCCAAAUGCCCCUAGGGGCUAUCAAAUUCAUUGGAACUUCAACAAGUCGCGACGACUGGUUCUCAUUAGGAGUUGGGUCGCCACAAGAGCCCGAUCCAUUACUAAACUGCGUUCUGAAGACAGAACUUUUCACGCAAAUGCAACGGGCAAUGCCGGGUGGCUUCAACCUCAAGAUCGCCGACUCAAUAGAAUAUGCUAAGAAGCCUGGAAAGAUGCAAAUCGUCAAGGUCCUAAAGGAUUCGCAGCAGAGUGUGGAUUUCUACAAGAGUGGAGCCAUCCAUACGCAGCCUGGAGAGUCCCCGUCGUCGGUAUCUAAGCCGACACCAAAGGGCAAGCCGGUGCCGCCUCGACCGAUUACGCGGGGCAAACUUAUCAAGCCCGGUGGACCCGGUGGCAGGCCGUCUCGAAUUACGCACGCCCGUCCAAGCACCACCAAGCGUGGCCCAGCCGCUAUCCAAACCCCAAGACCAGUCCCAACCCCUACUUCUUCUGUCACUAGCAGUGUCGUGAGUAGUGUCACCAGCAGUAGCAUUUCCAGCCACACCCGCAACCAGGGCUCGACAUCAUCUGUCCGCGCACCCCCUCCGCCACCACCGGCCGCGCCUCCAGCAAAGGGCAAGAUAACCGCCAAGGUCCUCUACGACUUCGCCGGACAGCGAGAGAACGAGCUCUCUGUGAAGGCCGGCGACAUCAUCGAGAUCGUCCAGAAGGAGAAUAACGGCUGGUGGCUAGCAAAGAACCCUAAGGGCCAAGCGUGGGUCCCUGCGGCGUACGUCGAAGAACAAGCCGCGGCCCCUCCGCCCCCGGCACCAGCGCCGGCUCCGAGAGCACCACCACCUCCGCCCAGCCAGAACGGCACGGCGGCGCGUAACAAGCCCACGCCUCCACAGCCCCCGGCCAAACGUCCCACCGCGGGUAGGAAACCGGCGGCGCCCCCGCACCCGCGCGACUCGGGGAUGAGCCUCAACGCAAACGGCGGCUCGGAUAGCAGCCGCAGCACGACGCCGACGCUUGCAGGAUCCCUGGCCGACGCGCUGUUGGCGAGGAAGAACGCUAUGCAGAAGAGGGAGGACGAUGAUGAUUGGUAGAGGAGAGAGAGAGAGAGCGGCCUGUCUUAGAUAGAUACAUACCUAGGUACUAACAAACUAGGUAUGGAGGCUAACUGUUUCGUUGUUAUAGUGUGGUUGUAAAGCGCUUCGAGAGAGAGGAAGUUUUUUGAACAUAGGAUAGGUAUCAUCCAGAUCGCAUCGCGGAAGACGGAGGUUGGUAAGUGGGUGGGAAGGGGGUUAAUUAGUAGCGGAACGAGCUUUUCCAUUCCAAUACGAUCCAUACAAACACAAUUACGAAUCCACGAGCCUCUUUAGAAUCCGCGUGGCAAAGAAUUCGGAACGGAAUCGAUUCCUACGACAACAUCCCGGAUUCGUGUUAGGUUAGGUAGACACAGCCAGAGACGGUGAUGGAGGGAUGCGGGACAGAGAUAUAGCCGCCUUAUACAUAUGAUAUAGUAGAACGCUUACGGUGUUUAGAAAGAUGAGCAGAGCAUAGCAGAGCAGAGCAACAGGAGAGAAGAAUAAGUUGAUGAAAAAUUAUUAGAUUAU